AUGAUUGAUCUGCCAAGAUUGGAAGAUUACGAUGUGAGCCCCAUAACAGGGUUCCUUCCUGAAGAGCUACCUCUAGAGAAAUUGCCUCAGGAGUACUACAAACCAUGGGAAGAUCUAGUCAGCGUCUUGUCUUCUUUGAUACUAACCAAACGGAUUAGAAAUGUUGUGGAUGAGAAGAUGCCUCUUCUGGAGGUGGAUAGGCUUGCAAAUGAUGCCCAAUAUAGACGUGCUUAUUCAAUUUUGACGUUCUUAGCACAUGCUUAUGUCUGGGGUGUAGGAGAACCUAAAGACAAACUUCCUAUUCAAAUCUCACAACCACUCCUCAGGGUUAGUGCUCAUUUGGAGAUUCCUCCAGUUUUAACCUAUAGCGGGUGCGUUUUAUGGAAUUAUAAGGAGAUUUUCAAAGGGGAAGAUAUAAGUUUAGAUAACAUAGACUGCAUCACAACAUUUACGGGGGGUAUUGAUGAGAGCUGGUUUUAUUUGGUUUCAGUUUAUUUCGAGUACAAGGGAGCUAACUGUAUUGUUCAAGGCCUGGAAGCAUUGAAAAGCGCCAGAAAUGGAGAAAUAGAAAAAGUUACUGCUCAUUUGCAGCAAAUGGCUGAUGCUAUUGAUGAGUUAGGAUCCGUUAUGAUGCAAAUGGAGGACAUGUGUGAUCCACAUAUCUUCUACUUCCGUAUCCGUCCCUAUCUUGCUGGCUGGAAAAACAUGACAGAUGCGGGCUUACCGAACGGUGUAAUAUAUGGAGAUGAAAAACUUCCUCGGGCAUACUCUGGAGGAUCUAACGCUCAAAGUUCCUUGAUUCAAGCACUGGAUUUGCUAUUGAAUGUGGAGCAUCAUGCCACAGGUGAAAAUGAAAAAGUUGGAAGGCCUGGCAACUCAUUCAUCAACGAAAUGAGGGAGUAUAUGCCCGGCAAACACCGCCGAUUCCUGGAACACCUUUCCAAGGUUAAUAGUAUUCAUGACUACGUGCGUUCUAACUCUGAUAAUGAAGAACUAGUCUUAUCAUACGAUGCUUGUUUGGCAAUGUUGAAAUCAUUCAGAGAUAAGCAUAUUCAAAUUGUCACUAGAUACAUUAUUCUUCAAGCUCAGAAGUCCCGGAAUCUUGGAUCCACCUCUACUAAGACUGUAAGGUCAGGCCUUGCUAAAAAAUCCUCCUCCCAACAGGAGCGGGGCACAGGGGGGACUGCACUCCUCCCCUUUCUUAAACAAUGCAGAGAUGAGACUGGUAGCACUGCUGCGUCUUCCUGGGGUAAAAGAAUGCUCAUUGACGGAAUGCUGCAAUUAAAGAUUAAACCUGUAGCUGCUGAUACUAUCCAAGAUGAUAAUAACAUUGUUGGUUUGGCUGGAUCUUGGAACAACGAUAAUAAUCAGAAAAAAGGACAUUGGUAG